AUGAAAAAAACCUCAUCUUCGAAAAAGGCGUCGUCGACGAGUGGCUCAUCAUCACUACAACAAACUAAACUCACGUUCAAGAAAAAGGGUACUUCUAAUGCUAACAAUGAAAAAACAACUACAAGUAACUCGGAGCAGCAGAAAAACACAAUUACAAUUUCCGAUGAUGUUGAUGAUAUUAUUGUAGACAGCUCUGAUGAUGAUAUUUUCAGUUUCGGAUUGGACGAGUAUUCCAUCAAAAAUAGAGCAAAUGGUAGUAGCAGUGGCAACAAUGCAGGUAAUACAUUAUCGCAAUCUUCAUCUUCCUCCUCGACAUCACAACCAUCGUUCAAACCUCCACUCAAAUUUUCACAAGUCUCAUCCACUGCAAGUAAAAAGAGUGAAGAGGAUGUUGAAAGUGUGGAUUGGAGCAAUGACGAAUCUAUAACAACAGCUAUGCAUUUGGCGUUGAAAACAAAAUUCAAACUCGAAGAAUUUCGUCCGAAUCAAUUUGAAAUAAUAUUCAACCUUUUGAAAAAUCGACAAGACACGCUGGCUGUUUUGCCAACAGGUGCUGGCAAGUCUCUUACCUAUCAACUACCAGCUGUGAUUUUACCUGGAGUCACAUUAGUUGUGAGUCCAUUGAUCGCUCUGAUGCAUAACCAGGUUCAAGCUUUGGAAAACUUGAAUAUUAAGGCCAAUUUUUGGAAUUCAAGCCAAAAGAAGAGUGAAAUUACCAAGAUUCAACACGACAUGGAAGGUGGAAAUCCCAAAUAUAAGAUUAUUUACGUCACACCAGAACUAUUGACUGCCAACCAGAACUUUCAAGCCCUCAUGAGAUUACUUGCAUCCAGAGAUCAAUUAUCACUCAUUGCCAUUGACGAAUGUCAUACCAUCAAUUCGUGGAGCGACUUUAGAAAAUCGUUCCGUCAAUUAGGCUCUCUGAAAAGCUCCUUCCCUCAAGUACCAACAAUUGCUUUAACUGCUACUGCAACCGAUAAGGUCAGAACAGACAUUGUACAAUGUCUUCAGCUACGAAAUCCCAAAUGUUUCAUCACCAGUUUUAAUAGACCAAACAUUUCGUACGAAAUUAGAUACAAGGAUAUCAUUAAGGACCCAUAUGGUGAUUUGUGCAACUUUCUCAAAUCUCGAAUUGGAGAAUGUGGAAUUAUUUACUGUAGAACUAAAAAUCAGGUUGAAGAAUUGGUUUCUCAGCUCAGUAAUGAGAAGGACGAUGACGAUCAAGCUCUUUUCACCGUGAAACCAUAUCAUGCUGGAGUCAAACUUUCCGAAAGAAAAACAGUUCUAAACGACUGGUUGAAAGGCACUACCAAAAUUAUUGUGGCAACCAUAGCUUUUGGUAUGGGUAUUGACAAGAAAGAUGUGAGAUUUGUUGUGCAUUUUGCACUUCCAAAAUCACUAGAAGGUUUUUAUCAAGAGAGUGGACGUGCUGGAAGAGAUGGUAAAAAGUCUGUCAGCUUGCUUUAUCAUUGCAGCCGUGAAAAGAGCUCAAUAUCAUUCUUGAUUUCAAGAGACACCAAAUUAGGUGCAGAUCGAAUGCAAGAAGUUGAACAAGCAUUUACUAAGGUUUGUGAAUUUUGUGAGACUGGUUGCUGUAGAAGAAAGUUCAUUUUGGAGUAUUUUGGUGAGAGUUACGAUCCUCUAAAACCUCGUGCCCUAACAACUGUUCAAUCACCUGUAAAACAGCAAAAGACUUCAGGCAAUACUGUUAAACAGCCUUUAAAGUUUACAAGCUCAUCGAACGAUUCCAGAACUCCAUCAACACCUCCUCGAGGUGGCGCUGCAUCAUCCUCGUCAACAACGAGCGCAAAUCAAGUCGAGGUACAACAAAUCAAAGGUGUAGAAUAUUGCGACAAGUGUUGUGAUUAUUGUGCAAACCCAAAAAAGAAGUUGGAAGAAAUUACAAAUGCAACCUACACCUAUUCUUCUUCUGGCUCGCGAAGCGGACUUGGAACACGAAUGGCAGAUGAUUUUAUCAUGUCAGCCUCAUCUGUAUGUGACGAUUUUAUUGAGGAAUAUAAUUCUGACGAUUUGGAUGAAUUCGAUGGCUCCGAAAUGGAAGCAGCUCGACAAGACAGAGAUCGCUACCGUCAACAAAAGGGAAUUACCAACAAUUCUCUCAUUACCAAAAAUUCAUCAUCCAAAACAAAACCAACCAGUGGAGGUGGAAUAUUCAAGUCGGCAGCUGAUAUUCAACAAGAAAAAAGAAAACGUAUGGAGGAUUCAAUUGAGGAUGUUCUUGAUGCUCUCGAAAGAGAGGAAAGUCGAGAACGAAAAUUUUCCAAGCCCUCCUCUGCACCAAGACACAGCACUUUAUUGCCAUCCAGAAGUGCUGGAGGUAGUUCUUUAACUUCUUCGUCUGCAAUGAAUUCAGGUUUUGUAAAAGCGAGUAGUUUAGUGACAAGCAGCAAUUCAAGCAGUGGCUAUCGCUCUGCAGAAAUGGCCUCAAGACAAAAGACAAAAUCAAAAGGAGGAAAUUUAGAGAGAUUUCUCAGCAAGAAGUGA